AUGGGGGAAGUAUGCUGGGCGAUAUGGAUGCGAUUUUUGCGGACUCUCUUUCCAGACCAACUUGCGAGCCAUGACGAAGCACGUCAGUUCAGAGCGCACAGGAAUCAGGAGGUAAUCAAGGUCGCGAAACUAGUAAUGAAACGCAGGGGAGCCGUUGCAUCACCUUCAACACCUGCAUUCGGCACAGUGCGAAACAUCUGGAGACCCGAGAGUCGCCUGCUGUGUAGGUCGGCUGGCUCAUCCUUGUUCGGACCUGACGCGCGGCUUGCGAAGGUCUUAGUGCCAGCACGUGCAUGGAAGAACAAGGCUGCUAGGAACUCACUGCGUUGUAGGAAAUAUGAGGAGUGGGAGACUGAAUUUGAGCCACUGAAGACGACGCUGCGGAUGAUAUCGAAAAGACUAGACAUCUUGCGAACUCAUGAAGCAAAAUGCAAAGGGAAAAAGAAAGAAGGAGUGAAAAAGGGCAUUGCCUUGCUCUUGAGUGUGUCACCGAGCGAUGAGAGGAGCGAACGCGCCUUGUCUUAUCACUUUACGACCUGCUCCUCAGCCUCAAGCUGUUUUAUGAUCAGGGACAAUCUUGGACUACUGUCAUACCUCCAUUAAACAAAACAAGUAAAAAGAAGGGAAGGGGAAGAAAAAGUUGAUUAAUCACAUACUUUAUAGUGACAAACUCUGCAUCAGGAGCACCUCUUGCUAGGCAAAUUCAUUCAUUCACUCAACAAGAAAGUUAAUGCCAUG